UCUUCAGGCAAGCCUAAACAACCUUCAGUCCCCAUAAAUUUUACUCAAACCUUUGUUUCUGUAAAGAAGACACUCAUUCACGUUCCUUUCGAAACAUCCAACGAGCACAUCUUCAAAAUGAGAUCCACAAUCAUCGCCCUCUUCAUCGCUGGCGCCGUCGCCGCCCCUGUCGUCGUUGAGCGUCAGCAAGGUCCUCCCUCCGGUAUCCCCACUGGCGGUUUCCCUGCUCCUACUGGUGGUUUCCCAGGCGGCCCAGGCGGCCCUGGUGGUCCCGGUGCUCCCGGCCAAUCGCCUCCUCCCUUCCCCACUGGCGGAUUCCCAGGCGGACCCGGCGGUGGCUUCCCCGCUCCCACUGGAGGUUUCCCAGGUUUCCCAGGAGGAGGCUUCCCUGCUCCUACUGGAGGAUUCCCAGGCGGCCCUGGCGGACCAGGCUUCCCAGCCCCAACUGGCGGUCUUCCCUCAGGACCCGGCGGUCCUGCACCUACUGGUGGCCCAGUCCUCCCUACCGGUGCUCCAUCUUUGCCCACCGCCGCCCCACCAGUCUCGUCAGCCUGGUAA